CCACCAAUACAAACCAUAACCAUGGAAUUUUCUGUGUGUCACAAGAAUGCACAAUACUUGUGCUAUUCUAACCCCAUAUGCAAAACCAAACGCCCUUCAACUCUACCAUGCCAAAUCAGCCCUCGUCGGAAUGUAUCGAGGACCAGUUGGGGAUUGAGAACUCCGGCAUCGAGCUUAAUGCAGCAACGAGUGCAUGACCAUAGGAGAUCAGCUGUGGUAGUAGGAUGCGCAAACAAGGGUUGUUCAACAGGGAUGGCAGGCGAGAUAGAAAGAGAACUGGAGGCUGAGAUGCGACCGGAAGAAGGAGCUGAGUGGUUGGGAGUAGGAAGGCUGAGAGACAAGUGUGGAGAAGGCAGAGGAGGAGCCGUGGAGCUGUUGGAGUGUUUGGAAAGGGAAGCAAUUAUGGGUGAAGACGAAGGCAAAGAACCAAACGACUACAACAGGAGGGCUCAAAUCUUCUACAAAAGUGCAAGAGUUUUCCAGGCUCUUCGAGAGAGUGCUAGUAAUGAGUAAUAUACAAGACUCAAGCAAUUGUAACACUAUUUCUGAUGUAUGAUCCUAUCCAAUAAAUCAAAGAUGUUCUUUUUCUCUGA